CCAGCGGGGCGGGACCGACUGGGCCCAGCGCGGCUCCCCGGGCCUCUGCCCCGCGCCGAGCGCGGAGCCCCUUUGGGGCACAUGGGGAGCCCGCCCCCCAGCUCCGUGGGCAAAUGCCGGGUGCAGAUGAGCGGUUACCGCUCAGAGACGGGGGAGUCUCACGGAUCCUGGUCUGGAACCGCCUGCGCCUAGCAGCCCAGCCCAGCUGCUCCAGCCCGUGUGACUAACAGAUUGUGGGUUAGCCCAAGAAUGAACAAAUAUACGAAGCCUUAUGUUGAGCAGACCACAAAUCUUAAAAAAUUCAGCCCUGUGAUUCUUGCUGAAAUUGAGGAGCUCUUUGAGAAGAAGUUCUCAUAUACAAAACCACCAAAUAGUGAAUGGAAGCUGCCAGAUUCCAGUGAUGUGUUUACCUGCAAUCACAAAGAAUUCAAUACACUCCUUGCUCUGAAGGACUCCAUGAAUGAAGUAAAAAACCAACUGAGUGAUAAGAAAUUGGAUGCAUGGCAUCAGCACACUUCCUUCACCAACAAAGCUGGGAUAAUCAUUCCUCAUGUGAAGAAAUCUGUGAAUGCUGAGUUGUGUACCCAGGCUUGGUGCAAAUUCCAUGAGAUUUUGUGCAGUUUUCCCCUUCUCCCGAAAGAAGCUCUUCAGAAUGGAGAACUCAAUUCUGUCCAUCUCUGUGAAGCACCUGGGGCUUUUAUAGCCAGUCUCAAUCACUACAUAAAAUCCCAUCACAUUCCCUGCGAUUGGAACUGGGUAGCCAAUACCCUAAACCCAUAUCAUGAAGCAAAUGACACCCUUGUGAUGAUUAUGGAUGACCGACUUAUUGCAAAUACCUUGCCAUGGUGGUAUUUUGGCCCAGAUAAUACUGGGGAUGUGAUGACAUUGAAACAUCUAACUGGACUUCAGCACUUCAUAAGUAAUAUGACCACUGUUCACUUGGUAACUGCUGAUGGGAGUUUUGAUUGCCAAGGAAAUCCAGGUGAACAAGAAGCGCUUGUCUCACCUCUACAUUACUGUGAAGCAGUCACUGCUUUAAUGAUCCUUGGCAAUGGUGGCUCCUUUGUUUUGAAGAUGUUCACUUUAUUUGAACAUUGUUCUGCCAAUCUGCUUUUUCUGCUAAAUUGUUCCUUCGAGGAGGUCCAUGUCUUUAAACCUGCCACUAGCAAAGCCGGGAACUCUGAGGUCUAUGUAGUUUGUCUUCAUUAUAUGGGCAGAGAGGCCAUCCAUCCUGUGCUGUCCAAGAUGAUGCAGAACUUUGGAACAGAAAUGGUUAACAAAGCACUCUUUCCCCAAUAUGUGAUUCCAGAAUCUUUUCUUAAAAUGCAUGAAGAAUGCUGUGCAUUCUUUCACAAGUACCAAAUAGAGACUAUAUCUGAGAACAUCCGACUCUUUGAGUGCAUUGGGGAAGCAGAACAAGUAAAGCUGAAUAACUUAAGGGACUGUGCAGUGGAAUUUUUCAUGCAAAGAUUCCACCUGAAACACAUUACAAGAAAUAACUGGCUAGUGAAGAAAUCUCAUGUAGGCUGCAGCAUGAAUGCAAAAUGGUUUGGACAGAGGAACAAAUAUUUUAGUACAUACAAUGAAAGAAAGAUGCUGGAAUCCCUGACAUGGGAAGAUAAGGUGGCCAAAGGCUAUCUUAAUAAUUGGGCUGAAGAGCACACUUUAAGUAAUGUUGGGAAAAGCUGCAUUUUGGAAGGGUCAUCCCGUAACCUUGAAUGUAAUUUAUGGUACAUCCUGGAGGGAAAGAGGCUGCCAAGAGUAAAAUGCUCUCCAUUCUGUGAUGGUGAUGUCUUGAAGAAUCUCAAUGAAGCCAUUAAAGAAUCAUUAGUAGGCAGACUAAAAACUAGUUCCCUUUCCAGACAAACACAGCAACCGUGUCAUUCUUGCAAUGUUCUUACUGAGGCACGGAUACUAUCUGAGUUGUCUAGCCUUACCAAGUACCAUCAGAAGGUACCAAAUGAAGGAUGCAGUGACCAAAUCAAGUGUCUUGUGGUGGGCUUUCCGUCUCUUUGUGACAUCAAAAGCCAGUCGAACAUGGAAGUUAGGCUCCUGGAGUCAGCCACACUCUUGACUUUCAGCGGUUCUUUGCUUCAUGAUGGAGAGCCAAAAUAUCAGCAGCAUCUUUUAGACUGCCUUCUGUGUGCGAUUAAUCAGCUUCAGCUGGGAGAUGCUUUGAUUCUGCCUGUUCUUUCUUGUUUUACACGCUUCACAGCUGGUCUGAUUUUUGUACUGCACGGCUGUUUCAGCUACAUCACAUUUGCUUGCCCCAUAUCCUCUGAACCUCUCGGGACCAGUGCUGUUCUAUUGUGUGUUGGCUAUCAAGGUCUUCCAGAUCCAGUUGUUGAGUACCUGCAGCACCUGAAUAAACUAAUGAGCUCUUUGCUCAGCUCAGACUCUCCACAGCAGGUUUUGCAGUUUGUCCCUAUGGAGAUGCUUUUGAAAGGCAUGCUGCUUGAGUUUUUAUGGGAUUUGAAUACUGCCAUUGCAAAGAGGCAGCUCCAUUUGAUUGUACAAGUUGAGCAGCAGCAAAUGUCGAGUAAUCUUUAAUUUUAGUGAUUCUAGAAUUGAAUUGGUAGAUGUUUCAAAGAAGAUUCACUUCACUGGCUGUUUAAAGUUCUUAAUUUUUUUAUUUUUCUUUUGCUAGUGUGAAUAUCACUUCAUUUUAAAACAGUGGGAAUUAUUUUAAUGUUGGUAUCCAAUUUUGGACUGACAGUCCUACAGUAUUGCCUUAUAUUAUUAGGUGUUGCCAUACAAUCCUGUAAUCAUGGGGGUUAUUCUACAUUGUGGGGAAAUUGUGAAGCAAAAUGAAGGACUGAAAUUCUGGAGAAAGGGGAGUUCUUCUCGGUAAUACCUUUUUGCCUUUCUACAAUCUUGUCUCUCCCCAUCUAGGUCCUCUUCCCUCCAUAUAGGCAUAACCUCACAAUGACUAUAUUUCUGUGAAGAGAUCUGAAUGGAGCUUAAUUGAUGCCACUGCUUAUCAGCCAGUAGAGGCUGCUAGUUGUACCCCUUUCACACUGUCACACACUGAUAAUUCCAGCGUUUUGGGGACCCAAAUGUGGUAUUCAAACUUGGUAGCUGAUAGCCUCUUUUUAAUCAAAAGGGAAGAUUAGCUAGCUUGGAAAGACUGUCUAUGCUGUUGCCUGCAGAAAGAAUUGGGAACCUUAAAAAAUAUCUCUAGAGUUUGCUGAAUACACGACCAUAUUGAGACCAAUAUAAGAUUUGCUUCAGAAAUUCAAUUUUAUAAGCUGUUUCCUUAGCUGAUCUGCAGCCAUGCUGGCGAAGGCCUCAGUUUUUCAGAAGUGACCGACUAGUGAUUUGGAUGUCUCAACUUUUGUUGCCCAACUUUAGGCACUAAAGAAGGUUGACUUUUCAGAGUUCAGAUCUUCACUAUUUUCUGAAAAUUUAGCCCCCCUUUAAUUUCAAGCUGGGCACCUGCCGGUAGCCACCAGAAUACUAACGGAUGCCAUUUAUAACAUACCACCAUGUAGGCCCAAGCUCACAUGUAUACCAGUCUCACAAGGGAGACUGGUUUUCUUAUAAGGAAUUUUGCAGAAUUCCAAGUUACAAAUCCUUGCUUUUUUAGCAGUGUAUAGGAGGGAAUCAAGACUUCUGAGUUCUAUUCCCAUCUAUGAAAUUGACUUGCUGUGUGGCCUUCAACAAGUCACUUCACCUUCCUAUGGUUCCAUUUCCCCAUCAGUAUAAAGGCCAUAAUACCAUUUGAGUUUCCAAAGUGUUUGAGGAUUCAUUCAUAAAGAGUUUGAGAACCUUGGGUGAAAGCGAGAACUGCCUAUUGUUGUCUACUAUGGUAGCUGUCAGCAGGUGACCCACAACUACUGAUUUUUAAUUAGAAACGUUAUCAAGUGCAAUUUAUAAACAGCAAAUAGUAUAGCCCACGGUGUGAAAGUUGGAAGCAUGGAACUGAGAAAAAUGAAUGAAACUUGUUAGAAAAAAAGUAUGUUACUUGAUUUGAUCCUUCUAGGAGUAAAAUGAAAGAGAAAAUGAGUAAUUGACACCAUUGUCCCUUUAAGGAAAAUCAGGUUUUACUUUUUCAUAUUGCUCCUUUAAGAUCUCAUUUUGAUAUCUAAUUCAUUUUCAUUAAAACUUAGUCUCCAGGAUUCUAAUUUACAUAGAAGACCUGCCCAGAGAGAGAGAAAUGGUAUUUAAAGGGGAAACAUGGAUUUAAUGUUGGUAUAAAGAUUGCAUAAAUGAGUGCAUGUGAGAGAAAGGGGUUAGUAAAAGAAAAGACAGCCUCCUGAUUAAUUACCAGUCACCUGUGGAAGUACUUCUAAUUACAUAAGGUAGGAGCUUGAAGGAUUUCUGAUUACCAGUGGAGAUUAAAAGCACUGUUGAAAAACUGUUUUGUCUGGUGGUGCUGUGCACUUAAUAGUCUCUUGUCACUUUGGAAGGGAUGGAGUGUAAUUAUCAUUUUGUUUUGCUUUUUGUUUACUGUGUUUGAAAGGUUUGUGAGUUGGUAGCUGAAGUCUAACUCAUUUUAUAACAUUCUAUACAGACUUUGCUUUCUGAAACUACGCAGAAGAGGAUCUGUUUGGCUCCGGCUUCCCCCGAACUUCUCAAAUUGGUCACUGUUCAUUUUAACUUAAUUUAAAUUAACUUCCUGUAGUUGCUCUGUGGAGAUGAAGAGAGCCUUGCAUCCUGUCAAUCACAGGCAAGCAAAACAGUUCAGCAGAUCCUCGGGAUCAAGAGACUAAAGGCAGCAAAAGCCUCUGCAGUAAGUGAUUCUGAAAGCUUAGGAAACUUUUUAAGAGGACCUGAGGGGCCAAAAAGGAGGCAGCAUUUGAGGAACAAAAGAAAAUGAAGGGGAAAGAAACAGAGACCUGUAACGUGAAAAAGAAAAGGGGGAAAGGAUAUAUGAGGGUAUAAUGGAUUUGAGAGGACAGCAUGAUAAAAACUUCAGGAACAGUACCAUCAAUUCAGUCUUCACAAAUAAUCCUUCUGUUUCCCUAUAUUUGGGAGAAUGAACAAAAUAGAAGUAUUGCCUUCCAUCAAAAAGCAGUGUUCCCUCUCCCUGUCCCCUUUGUAAUUGUGGGAUUAGAGGGUUACCUUAACUUGUUUGUAUCCUGCUGUAGCCAACCAUCUAGGAAAGCACCUCUUCUGAAGCAGGAAAUAUCUGGAAGUAUUGUAGAUGUAUGUUUACAUUGUCACAAUCUAUAUUUUGGAGUACUAAAAGUCAAAAGGGCCCCCAUAUAGUUGGUCAACUCAAAUCUAGACAUCAGUUCUUUCGGGGCUUAAUGGGACAUCUGUAAUUUUAGAAAUCUGACUUCUGGUUUUUUUUUUUUUUAACCUACUGUUGAUACAAGUAAAUCCCAGAGAUGACUAUACCUUAGGACAAAUAGAAAAAAACUUUUUUCUCUCUUUGUUGUCAAUUGUCUGCUUUGUAUCUUUGACAGCACUCUGUCAGUUUCACUGUUUUCCUUCCACCAUCAGUCAGUAUUCUCCAUUUGUAUGGGCCUUUUACAUAGCAAUGGUGGGAGAUGGUUUUUUAAGAAAUGUGGUUGUAAAGCCACAAAAAUUGACAGGAAGACCCUGAGACAGAUGUACUUCAUGAAAGUACCUCUGGAAUUGAUUAGACUUCACAUUGACAAGGUCCCUUGAGGUGCCUUACUUCUUCCAUACUUCUGAAAGCCAUCUUUCCUGUGUCCAGAAAUUAAAAACAGGAGGCAUAACUUGACUUGGGGCCAGAUUUUUCAAGAGAGUUCAGCAGCCAAUGUGCUUCCGAAGUGUCUCUCUUGAAAAUCUGAUUGCCACCUCUCAGAGGAGAGACAUAAAGGGAGGAUGUCUCAGAGAUUGUUCUGUGGGGUGAAAUCCUUCCCCAUUGAAGUGAGUGGGAAUUGUCAUUGACUUCAGUGGGGCCAGGAUUUCACCCAUGGAGUCUCUGGGUGCUGGGUUUUGGCCCACACUCUCCUGGCAGAGUGAGCCACAAGACUCGCUUUCAAAUAUGGAGGAUUCCCAGGAUGUUGGCACAAGGGCUUUGUGCCUCCACCCCUACUCAUGGAGCCUGUGUGUGCUCCCACCCUCUCCUUGGCGCACAAAUCCUGUGGUCACAGCUGCCCCUUGGAUCCUUUCUUAAUGGGGGAUUGUCCAUGGUGGAGGGGUCUCUGUGAGGGGCCCAGUCAGCAUGUUUUGUUUUUAAAAUAAAAUCACUUAAGUCCUAUCAAAAUUAGGAGAUUCAAAGUUAGGACUGUUGCUUUGUCUUUUUAUUGUGAAUGUUGUGGGCUGAUUGUGUCUUAAACAUCUUAAAGACCAAAGACUCCUUAAAAGAACAGUAACAUUUAAGUGUUUCCAUUGUGACUUUUGUGCGAGUCAUAGGAAAGAGAGGGAAGAAUGUAUCAACCUUUUUGGAGAGAGGUGAAUUGAGGAGUCUCUGCAGUCAAAUUAUUUUGCCAAGUCUUAUGUUUGACAUAGAAUGAGGCCUGAUUAAAUAUCUGUGUCUCUCUCUCUCUUUUUAACACAUGGCAAGUUUGUUUUUUCUGCCUCCUACCAUUUGAAGAGGAACUGGAUGCUGGUCUCAACGUUUUAGAAGUUACAAGUGAAAGGGAGGGGACAGAGCAAGUAAUUGAUCAAGCGAUAUAAUGUACAGAGAUGAUAAAUACAAAUGAGUUAUGAGAAUGUGAGAUGGAUUUGGUUUAUUUGGCAGCCUUACUGUUUCUGAUUUUCAAUGACGAGUUCAUAUCUAGGCCCUAGUGAUUGUGAGAUGAAAGGACAGGGCUGACUCUCUGGUUUAAUUUGUAAAGACUUUGUACUCGAUUUGGCUCUUGCCUAAGAGCCUAUUUGACUAUUGAUUUAAAAAAGUGACACUGCUUUAGAAUAAGAGUAGGUGAAAUUUAAAUCAAGUAUCUACCCAAUGAAAGGACUCUGUUUAGUUGAGUGCAUUAAGGUUUGGAGACUUGCCACUUUUUAUUUGUAUUGUAAAUUAUUGCAUUUAACUUUGUGUGUGUGUGUGUGUCUCUAUAUGUAUACACGCAUGCAUAUACCUGUGCAUAUUCAAAUGAAGUUAUAUAAAAAGCCUGCUGGUUUCCCAAUUUGAUUUCGAUAAGGCAUAAUGAGAUUUACUGUAUGAAAUCUUGUCCUCUGCUAAAAUUAUACUAAUUGCUGUCUAUUCAACUUAAUUUAAGUUAGAUCAGUCAGAUUACUAGUAGAAUAAAUAGACUGUGGUAGAAUUACUGGACAUUAGAAAAGCAAUUUGGGACUUAAGGAAAAGGACUUUGGUAUAAGCUAUCUGAAUAGCUUAUGCAGAAGGAACAGAAAAGUCUUAUGUUCUGGUUGUUAAACUGAGAUCUUGUGCUAGGGUGUGGAAUAUUCUUAAAUACUGAUUCAUUGGGAUGCACGGUGUGACCAUAACACUCUAGCCUAUGGGGCGGAAGUCUUUUUACCUUAUUCUGUAACAUUUCUUUUGAGAUUUUAGUCCUUGAACUUGGGAAUUACUUUCAGCACCUUAUUUUGGAAAAAUAAACUUAGCAUAAUGUUUGUUUCUUUUACUAUUUGUAUUUGGAUGCCACUAAAAUAUGUCAGUGUGGCUAUUCAUGUAGGCCGACAAAUUGUAGGAGGCACUUGUUUUCUGGACACAACAGCUUUGCAAAUUUUCUACUUGCAUAUGGAAAGUAACUUUUUUUCUUUACAAUGGGCAUAUGAAGUAUAAUUAGUUUGUUUUUCUCCUAAUAUCUUCAAUCACUGGUGUAAAGGGUGGGUGAAAAGAUUUUUGUGCCUGGAUUGCUAAAGUGUCAUGACAAUAUUACAAGACUGAGAUGAGGGAAAACAUUUUCAUGGUUGUCUCGCUGAAAACUUGGUUUUGUUUCUUCCUUUUAAACUUCAGCUCAGCUGGCAAAAAGUACUAACUGGACAGGAUGAAAUAAACAUAUAGGCCCAAAUGGAGUUGCAUCUAUUUAUAUCAGAAGUGAAUUCAGCCCAUGAUUGCUUAUCAGUAACUGUUUAUUAUACAGCAAUUUGGAUUGCUGUGUAAUUCUCCUCCAGUUACACAAAUGUUGGCAAUUUGAAAUUUAUUCUGAGCUUUAAAAGUAUACCAACUUUGUGUGGCAAUUCUGGAUGGUUACAGAGACAACUGGCUUGUAACAAAGCAUAAUUUGCUGUUACAGUCACUGUCUCACUAAGCAGUCUUUCCGUCCAUCUGUACAGGCUGAUUAAACUUGCUCACUGGGCCACCAUCUAGUAGAUUUGCCCAACCUUGCUUGAUAAAGAUUCCUUGAGAAGUGGGCUCUGUGGGAUUUACUGCCUUGAGUGACUAUUGUGUGUAUGCGUGCAUGUGUUAAUGCUGCUGAGAUAUUUGCAAUCCUACAUCCGAUUGAAAGGGUUUGCUUUAUAACUAAGUGGAUGUGUUUGUUUUGUUUGGGGGUGGAGUAUUUAUGGGUAUAAGGAUUAAGGCAGGCUGGCUGAAGCUGGCUACUGCAUUUCUCUGUUGACCGCUGUAAAUCUGUGCAUGUAAAAAGAUGCUGUGUUUUUUUUAUUUUUAAAGGGGCAGGAUGACACUUGUGUGUUUGGAAAUAAAAUCUUAUUUUUCUCUGAC